CUCGUUGCUGGAGGUCAAAGUUGCUUUCAGUUGGAUAGCAUGACGCACCCAAACUUUUGAGCCAACUGACACUUCUUUUGCACGAUUCGACCAGCUAUCCAUGUAGAGUGUUUGCCACGAUAGUCCAUAACAAACACACUUUAAUCCAGGGUGAACAAUCUUCUUUGCACCUCAUGAUGUCGAUUGAAUUGCUUUCACAUCAACCUGUUUCGUCGAGGCUCAAAAGCUGGCGUCGGAUGAAUGGCGUCAAAGUGUGGUCGUAUUAUUCUGCCAAGUAAAGCUUCUGAUGGAGAGACCCUGUAAAUUGUUUGAGGAUUUGGCACAAAACGAUAGAUAAGUAGGGACCUCUCUCUCUCCGGUUGUCCCCUUCUCUUUUGAUUUCUUCAGAGCAUUUAUAAGUGUACCAACAAGGCGUUCUAUUUGGCCAUUGAAUUGAAGAUGGAAUGGAGGUGUUCGGCAUAAUUGAUUCUGUUCCACCAACGAAAUUCUAAGAAGAUAGCAGACGUAAACUGUGUUCCAUUGUCUCUAGCUAUUAAUACUGGGACCUCGAAACGACUUAUUAGUUGACGUAAUUUUUUUUAUUGUGGAGCUUGCAGUUCGAUGUUCCAUGAGAAGAAUUUCUGGCCACUUGCUGUAUGUACCAACUACCAAAAGAGUGUAGACGAUGCUCGUCAGUGGUUACGUUACUUAGACUCAGAGCUUGGUAAACCUUUGGAAGAAAAGGAUUAUGGUGGGAAUUGCCGAAUAUACGAUUGGGAUAAACCAGACAAUCCAUGGCACAAUGUCAUCUCAAAAAUGGAUGGUUUCGUGACAGUUCAUUUUGUUGGCUGGUGGGCUAAAACAUUAAUCCUCCGAGAUUAUUGGAUAUGCAACGUCUUAAGUUUUGCUUUUGAAGUAUUAGAAUACUCAUUAGAGCAUCAGUUGCCAAAUUUCUCAGAAUGUUGGUGGGACCAUUGGAUCAUGGAUUUUCUAGGUUGCAACCUUCUCGGAAUUUGGUUAGGCAUGAAAACAAUCAAUUAUUUAAGCAUGAAACCGUAUCAUUGGCGAGGCAUGUGGAAUAUCCCCAGUUACAGAGGCAAACUUCGUAGAGUUAUGUUGCAGUUUACCCCUCGUCGAUGGACUGAUUUCGAUUGGCGUCCGACUGGAAGUCUAAAGAGAUGGUUAGGGACUUUGGUUCUUGCGAUUGCAAUACUUACAGCAGAAUUGAAUACUUUUUACUUGAAAUUCGUACUUUGGGUACCACCUCCUCACUUUUUGUGUCUUGGACGUCUAAUCUUUCUGACUUUGAUGGGAGCCACUGCUAUUCGUGAAUAUUUUGAAUACCUUGAUGAUCCUAAAUGCAAACGAUUUGGGAGACAAGCAUGGAUGAUUUCAAGCAUUAUCAUAACUGAAUUCUUGAUAGUAAUGAAGUUUGGUUGGGACAUAAUUACUAAACCAUUCCCCAGGCACAUAUCCAUCUUCUGGUCGUUGGUUUUAAUCGGUUUAGUAUCAUGGACUUUCUGGCACUUUUAUAUUGUACCUUGGUUGUUUCGAUCGAGUCGCGUAUCGAAAACUGGGAAACCAGUAGAAGAAACUAUUCCAAAUCAUCGCCUACAGAAGGUUGAAAGCCCUGUUGUUUAUAGACGUAAUGCUAGGUCAUCAGUAAAGUUGUUAAAUCAUUCAUAGUUUCUUUUCCCUAUCUAUGAAGAUGAUUUUAUCACAUUUUUUAAAUAGGGAAUUUCAGAAAAAAAAUUUGUGACAAACAUGUGUUUUUAUUUAACUUUAUGGCCGUUAAUAUCAUUCACGGGUUCGUAACGUCCAGAACCAUAAACUG